AUGGUUUUGGUUAUUCAUCCCCUGGUGGAAAAAUCCAUUAAACGGGACUGGGAUGAUGGCGGAUAUUGGGAAAAUUCAGCAGGUGGUGCAAGAUGGGCAUUUUUUGCUAUAUUUAUUGUCCUCAUAAUUAUUGUGAUUCUUGGGACGAUUCGAGUUAAUAAGAAGAGAACUCAACAUGGACAGCAACCGAUAUACGGAACAAGAUGGAUGACGCCUCCAUCUUAUAGACAAUCACAAACUCAGUAUCAACAACCUUCACCUCUUGAUCCUGAUUUACCGCUGGCUUAUGUCCCUACUUAUUUUGCCACUGCCAAUGAAAAUGACUACGAUAUGGGAUACUACGAUUCAAGAGGAAUUUUUCAUGCUAAUCCAAAUGCAAAGUCAAUGGUUCAACAUCCACCUGAAGUUCACACUAGGAACGAGUCUGUAGGUGGUGCUGCUGCUGCUACUACCGUUGAUGCUGAUGGUGCUGCUUAUCUAAGUCGUAACUUGGGUAGUCCUGGAGAUGGUAAUGAUAGUGAUGAGGAUAUCGAUAAUAUUACCAGACCCCGGGGUCCACCUCCAAGAAGAAGUACAACACAACUAUCAGAAACAAACAUCAUGAGUGGUAAUGAAACAGGUAGGGAUCAAGUAAAUAACAUUGCAGUGGUAAGUGCUAAUGUGCUGGAUCACUCAUAUCAACCACCCGAUGGUCGCCCACCUGUAUCUUCAUCUUUGAAAUCUAACGACACUUUUGAGAAAACAGUGGAUUUAAGGCACUCAGAGUAG